GGCCAUGUCAGCGAGGGGGCGGGGAGCACCGCGGAGCUCCUCCUCCUCCAGUCUGCCGUCACCGGUGCCGCUGGACCGGAGCAACUCGGCAUCAACAACCAGCCGCUGGUUGCUCCUUCGUGCUGAGUGAAGACUCGGCGCUUCCCGGAGCCUCCCCGCCGUCUCUGCCCGUCAUUUCUCUCCGUUCACGGUCAACGACAUGGCCUCCGACGGCAUGGACGAGCGAUCUCCGCUGCUGUCGGGCCCCAACUCCGGGAAUGUGACCCCCACUGCUCCCCCGUACCUGCAGGAUUCAAGUCCCCGAGCCGAACUACCUCCUCCCUACACAGCCAUCGCCAGCCCCGACGCCGGCGGUGUGCCUGUCAUCAACUGCCGUGUGUGUGAGUCGCUCAUCAACCUGGACGGAAAGCUGCAUCAGCACGUGGUCAAGUGUACAGUCUGCAAUGAAGCUUCACCCAUCAAGAACCCUCCGACGGGGAAGAAGUAUGUGAGAUGUCCCUGCAACUGCCUGCUCAUCUGCAAAGACACGUCCAGGAGGAUAGGAUGUCCUCGACCAAACUGCAGACGCAUUAUUAACCUGAGCCCGGUGAUGGUGAUCCCCGAGGAGCAACCUGCCCAGCCGGCACUGCCCAUGCACCCUCAGGGGAUGAGGGUGGUCUGCGGUCACUGUGGCAACACCUUCCUAUGGAUGGAGCUUCGGUUUAACACGCUAGCUAAGUGUCCCCACUGCAAAAAAAUAUCCUCUGUUGGUAGUGCGCUCCCUAGGAGGCGCUGUUGUGCUUAUAUAACUAUAGGAAUGAUCUGCAUUUUCAUUGGAGUGGGUCUAACAGUUGGUACUCGGGACUUUGCCAGUCGUUACAACGCCACCUACGUGUCGUGGGCAUUCGCCUACCUGCUGGGCCUCAUCUGUCUGAUACGAGCAUGCUACUGGGGAGCUAUCAAAGUGAGCUACCCGGAAAACAGCUUUGCCUAGGGCGGGCAUGGCCCGCCACAGCCCCGCACGGCUGGAAAAACAAGCCCCACCUUUUAGUUUUUUCAUCUUGUUGAGAUCUCAACCUGGUCUUGUUCAGCGGAGUAGAACAUCUGCAGUGUGUUGGAGAGAUGUUGUGUGAGAGAUGUUGUGUGUGUUUGAAGAGGUGUAUGUCGCAGAUUUAUCCUGUUGUGUUUGUGUCUGGAAUGUUUUUAACUCACUGAACAAAUGUAUGUAGAUCAGUCCUCCUACUGGUCCACGAAGACUCAAAUCCUGUCCUGGUUUUGCCAAAAUCCUCCAAAAUACAGAAUCAAGAACAUAAAAAAACAAACUGUGAUUUUCUUGAUGAAUAUAAUAAUGAGUUGGCUCCUGCGCUGAUUUAAAAAUGAUAGUUUAGCAAACUGGCUGGAUUUGGUCUUUCUGGACUGUUUUCUCCUGUUGUUUUUCAGCAGCCUGACUGACAGGAUGAUAUCCACUUGAUUUCUUUUGUUACUGACCAGACCAAAAUGAAACAACCUCCUAAGAACAGUUUGCCCAUUGCACUACGACUAUAUGCAAUUGUAUGUGUUGUUUUGCUGCUAGUUAAACUCCAGCUACAGAAAGUUGCAUAUUCAUACUGUAUUGUAACCAUUUACCUUGCCUGUUUAUACUGACAUUGUAUUGCUGUAUGAUUUUUAAAAAAUGAUCAGUUUUUAAAAGAAAUCACCCUUAAAAUACCCAUGCGUGCCAACUUAGCUGCCCAGUAUUGGUCAAGAAGAGCAUCAGAUCAACAGGAGCUUGUUUAUUUGUUUGCGCCAUGCAGCUUUUACUCACUACAGCAAUAACCCUUUUAUUGGAAUUAUUUUUGAACCUUCCUUCCCCGACCUCCCUGUGUUCCUCACUGCGGGUUUGUUGCCGUCCGAGUGUUGGAAAAUGAUCCCAAAACAUGGUGACUCACGUUUGCAUGGUGACCUGUUCUUGUUCAGUCACUGAGGUGUUUUUUUUUUGUUUUUUGCCCCUUUUUCAGUGAGGUAGCUGAAGCGUACGAUGUUCCUGUCUCUGUCCCUCUGCCUGUGCGUUAGAAUGUAAACCCUCCUCCUCUGGCCUCCAGUGAACUCUGUGCUAGCUAGCAUCGCUAUACGCUAACUCAGUAUCCUGUCUCUUGACCUUUACCAGUGGGCACAGUUCCAACUUCUAACCUUGUUUUGAAUGUGAUGAUGAUGAUGAUGAUGAUGAUGAAGAAGAAGCAGAAAAUAAUAUUAAAUACUCUUUGUACAUAGUUCAAAUUCAGUACUUGGAAAACUGUAGUGUGAGGUGGAACGAUAUAUGGCUCGUGGGUCUUUUUAAAAAUGAUAAUUUAUCAAUAAAAUGCAAAAACUA